AUGGCGGCCCGCAACCUGAGCAGGAUGAUGAGCUUCGGCAUAUCCGACGUUGCCCUGGAGUUCGUCAUGGGGUACCUCGACGACCCCCGGGACCGGGACGCCGUCUCCCAGGUGUGCAAGAAGUGGUACAACAUCGACGCCAUCACCCGGAAGCACAUAACCAUCGCCCUCUGCUACUCCACCACCCCAGAUCGCCUGCGAAUGAGGUUCCCCUGGCUCGAGUCACUGAAGCUCAAGGGGAAGCCCCGGGCGGCCAUGUUCAACCUCAUACCAGAGGACUGGGGAGGUUACGUCGGCCCCUGGAUCAAUGUGAUCGCGGAGGCCUUUGCCUGCCUCAAGUCCAUCCACUUCCGGCGGAUGAUCGUGAGGGACGCCGACCUCGAGGUCCUCAUCCGGGCCCGGGGUCAUAUGCUCCAGGCACUGAAGCUGGACAAAUGCUCUGGCUUCUCCACGGAUUCCCUCAAGCUAGUCGGCCGCACUUGCAGGUGCAAUGCUCUCCUUGACCAUGAGAUAUGCUUUCCAUAAUUCGCGUGGAUAGGUUGAAUUGCCGCAAAAUAUGAUUACGGCCCUCUUGAUUGCUCCUCUUCCUCUCCGUUUUAUACCAUUUGUCUUGCUUUUGUCCUUCUCAUGCUGGUCUUCCUGGGUAGCUCAAAACAACUCGGCCUGGGAAGUCGCUCUGCUCGCGAAAUGGAAAGCUGGUGGCCAACAUACCUACCUACCUUGGAACUUCUUUGCCCCCUCCCCAUUUUGCGGGUGCGCAAUGUGCGCGCUUACUGAUUGCCAUCAUUUUGCUCUGCUGGGUCUCUUUCUAUGCACGAUGAUGAAGGGGAUCGUCCUCCCCCGCUCUCCCCUUUUAUCCCGGUGGAUGUGUCUUGUGAAGUCAACCCUCUCCCUCCCCUGGAUAUCCACUGGGAAUCGGUGCUCCCAGUUCUGCAAGUCUGGACUGGCAACCGAAUGCCCCUUCUGGUCAUAACAUGAUGCCAACGGAGCACUCAUUUUUGAAGUUUUCAAGUUUAUCCGAGGCAUCCAAGGGCGCUGUAGCAUUAUUACAGGUGACGGAAUGAGCAUCGCUGCAUUGCAUUGAAGAGGAGGGGUCCCCAAAUUUCAACCCCCCGAAGCUUUCAUGUGGGCUCGUUUAUAUGAUGAAGUAAAUGGUUCCGAGUCACGGGUGGUGCCUCUUGACUUGACUUGACUUCCGUGAUGUUGACUUUCUGGAAAGAGGAGACCACAAGACUUGAAUUGCAUCUCACGAGAGCUUUGAGUAGUUUGUUGGAUUCUUGGCUAGUGCCUUUAAAGUUCCCAAGGGUUUCUGUAAGGCUAUCACUUACAGUGCGACUUUCCCUCGUGAAAAACUUGCAUCUAUCUCUGGCCUAUUUGCAAAAAACUAGAAAGGAUUGGCGUGUCUUGUCUGGUCGUGCGUUUACACUCUAAUAUCACAGUGAAGGUUCCUGGGGAUCUGGUCCGUGUGUGUACUCUGCCAGUCCAUGGCUGGAUUGCGUUCGGAAUGAGAGCAUUCAUGGGGUUUGUCUGCCUGUUCCUGCACCUGGGGUUCAUCCAUGCAUGCAUGGCACUCCGCACGACGAGGAAGAAAACAUUCAUCCAUAUUUGAAAAACUUGGAGCCCUCGAAGGAUUUGGCUCCUUUGAUGCCCAUCUCCUACUUUCGCAGGCUUGUAUUUUCAUAUCGGUUUUACUUUUCAGAUGAAUUACAUACCCUCGUAUAUUCUUUGAUCUUUUAUUUCAGUGCCUGCCCCGUUCUUCUGAUUUACCUUUUCCGUCAGCGGCUACCCUCUCAUCUUUGCUCAGAGCCGCAGUUCGAUGCAUCCCAAGAUUUUACUGCCAGCUUUGUGGAGACUUUUGUUGCCCUCCCUUCCUCCCUCUCUCCCUCCUAUUUUCUAACUUUCCUCGUGCACAUGACUCCGAGGCUUAGAUCAUCAAACGUUGCAGUGCCCGCCUCGGCUGGGGACUCAAAUGUGCCUAGAAAUUUCCCAGGUGUUCCUAAACUAAUAUUUCAUGACCCCUAGGCUGCCCGUUGUCGUCAAAUCGAUGUGGCUGAAAUCUAGUUACACAGCCGUCGGAGGCAUAGAACAUUGACAGGGUCAGAUCUUUCAGUUGACCGGUGUUCAUGUUGGUCAACUGGCUUAUCUAUCAUGUUGGGCCUCCGUGUUCGAGUGCUCGAAAUGCCCGACUGACGCGAGCAUGGUUCAUGUGCAGUCGCUUGAAAACCUUAUUUCUGGAGGAGAGCUCGAUCCUGGAGAACGACGGCGAGUGGCUACGCGAGCUUGCUGUCAACAACAGCGUCCUGGAGAGCCUGAACUUCUACAUGACGGAGCUGCGGAUCUCAUGCGAGGACCUCGUGCUGCUGGCGACGAAUUGCAUGUCUCUGAUAUCCCUGAAGAUCAGCGACUGCGACAUCCUGGACCUGGUGCGGUUCUUUGCUGCGGCGACUGCAUUGGAGGAGUUUGGCGGCGGCUCGUUCAACGACCGAGGGGGGGAGGACAGCGUGUACCGCAACAUCCGGUUCCCGCCGCGGCUGUGCCGCCUGGGCCUCAGCUUCAUGGGCACGAAUGAGAUGCCCAUCAUCUUCCCCUUCGCUGCCAAUCUCAAGAAGCUGGACCUCCAGUUCACCUUCCUCAGCACCGAGGACCACUGCCAGCUGAUUCAGCAAUGCCCCAUCCUGGAGGUCCUCGAGGUACUUUUAUUCUCUCUCUCUCUCUCUCUCUCUCUCUCUCUCUCUCUCUCUCUCUCUCUCUCUCUCCAUCUCUGUCCAACAAUGGGAAGUAAUUUGAGAGGGGAGCUGCAUCCAUACAUGGCAGGUGAGGAACGUCAUUGGGGACCGAGGGCUGGAGAUCGUGGCAGAGAGAUGCAAGAAGCUGAGGAGGCUCAGAAUAGAGCGAGGGGAGGACGAGUACGAGGACGAGCAGGGGAAGGUCUCGCAGAGGGGCCUGUCGGCGGUGGCGCAGGGUUGCCCGGAGCUGGAGUACCUGGCGGUCUACGUGUCGGACAUCACCAACGCGGCGCUAGCGUCGCUGGGCACCUUCAGCAAGAAGCUCCGAGACUUCCGGCUGGUGUUGCUGGACAGGGAGGAGAGGAUAACGGACCUGCCGCUGGACAGCGGGGUGCGGGCGCUGCUCAGGGGGUGCACAUCCCUGCGGAGGUUCGCCCUCUACCUCCGGCAGGGGGGCCUCACCGACACAGGCCUCCGCUAUAUCGGGGAUCUGAGCCAGAACAUCCGGUAUAUGUUGCUGGGCUACGUGGGGGAGACCGACAAUGGGCUGCUGGCUUUCGCGAGGGGCUGCCCGGACCUGCAGAAGCUGGAGCUGAGGGGCUGCUGCUUCAGCGAGCGGGCCAUUGCGCUCGCCGUGCUGCAGCUGACCUCGCUCAGGUACAUCUGGGUGCAGGGCUACAAGGCCUCCCCGGACGGCACCGACCUCCUGAACAUGGCCCGCCGCUUCUGGAACAUCGAGUUCAUCCCCCCGCAGCAGCUCCACUUGGAGGAGGCCGACGGCGUCGUCACGGUGGAGCAGCCCGCCCAGAUCCUCGCCUACUACUCCCUCGCUGGGAAGAGGACCGACUGCCCCGCCUCUGUUGUCCCCAUCUUCCCGGCAUGA